GCCGGUAGGGGGCGUGUUAACCUUCUGGCGCUGCCGGCUUCGCCAUUGGACGAUGCGCUCGGAGGGGGAGGAGCCCCGCGGCGGUGAGCGCUUUAUUGACGUCGAAGAAGAAAAAGAACACAAGAUCGGAUUACAAGAUGGCGGCUUGUGGACGUUAGCAAGAAAGGCCCGUGAAGAGUUGUUGUGUUCUCUGUGAAAUCUCCAGUUUGACAAUAGGCCUCCCCGUCGAGUCGUUUCACGUCGUGAACGUGAUGUGUUUAUGAAAGCAGCUUCCGGUACGCUUCGCCGCUACGGUGAACCUUCACUCGCACGCGCAUGUUUUAUAACAUGCGGGUGGAAACAAAGUUAACAGGUCGAGGCUCGGAAACCACCAGACGGGGUGAGGCGAUAGCUUGUUAUCGCCGACUCUGUUGACCAUGUCGGACACUCGGCGGCGGGUGAAGGUGUACACGCUGAACGAAGACCGGCAGUGGGACGAUCGGGGCACAGGACACGUCUCGUCCACGUUUGUUGAGCGUCUGAAAGGGAUCUCGUUGUUGGUUCGGGCCGAAUCGGACGGAUCUCUGCUAUUGGAGUCGAAGAUAAGCCCGAAUACUGCAUAUCAGAAACAACAGGACACACUGAUUGUCUGGUCGGAAGCAGAUAAUUAUGACCUUGCCCUAAGUUUCCAGGAAAAGGCGGGCUGCGAUGAGAUAUGGGAGAAGAUUUGCCAGGUUCAAGGCAAAGACCCUGCCCUGGACAUCACCCAGGACCCUAUUGAUGAGUCUGAAGAGGAGCACUUCGAGGAGAUUCCAGAAACGAGCCACCUGGUGGAGCUCCCUCCUUGUGAGCUCAGCCGACUGGAGGAGAUCGCUGACCUGGUUACCUCUGUCCUGUCUUCGCCCAUCCGGAGGGAAAAACUGGCCCUGGCCCUGAUGAGUGAGGGCUACAUCAAGAAACUCCUGGGUCUCUUUAGAGUAUGCGAGGACCUGGACAACAGGGAAGGUCUACACCACCUCUAUGAGAUUAUCCGUGGUGUCUUGUUCCUCAAUAAAGCGGCCCUCUUUGAGCUGAUGUUCUCUGAUGACUGUAUCAUGGAUGUGGUGGGCUGCCUCGAGUAUGACCCAGCGCUGGUUCAGCCUAAACGGCACCGGGAAUUCUUGACCAAGACUGCUAAGUUUAAGGAGGUGAUCCCUAUCACGGACUCUGAGCUGCGACAAAAGAUCCACCAAACCUACCGGGUGCAGUACAUCCAGGACAUCAUCCUGCCCACGCCAUCUGUUUUUGAGGAGAACUUCCUGUCCACGCUCACCUCGUUCAUCUUCUUCAACAAGGUGGAGAUUGUCAGUAUGCUGCAGGAGGACGAGAAGUUCCUAACGGAGGUCUUCGCACAGCUCACAGAUGAAGCCACAGAAGACGGUAAAAGGAGAGAGCUCGUGAACUUUGUCAAGGAAUUCUGUGCUUUUUCACAAACGUUGCAGCCACAAAACAGGGACGCUUUCUUCAAAACCCUGGCAAAUCUAGGCAUUUUACCCGCUCUUGAAAUAGUCAUGGGAAUGGAUGACCUGCAGGUGAGGGCAGCAGCGACAGACAUCUUCUCUUACCUGGUGGAAUUCAGCCCCUCCAUGGUCAGGGAGUUUGUCAUGCAGGAACCACAGCAGACGGAUGACGAUGUUCUCCUGAUAAAUGUUGUCAUCAAGCAGAUGAUUUGUGACUCUGACCCAGAGUUAGGAGGGGCCGUCCAGCUGAUGGGUCUGCUCAGGACGCUUAUCGACCCUGAGAACAUGUUGGCGUCCACCAAUAAAACUGAGAAGACAGAAUUUCUGAGUUUCUUCUACAAGUACUGCAUGCAUGUCCUCACCGCUCCUCUGCUGGCCAACACGGCACACGAGAAAAACUCAAAAGAUCUGCAGGAGGGAUCAACUAAGAUCAACCCCGUCUGUCCAGACAACUUCCAGACAGCUCAGCUGCUGGCCCUAAUCCUGGAGCUCCUGACCUUCUGUGUGGAGCACCACACCUACCACAUCAAGACCUACAUCAUGAACAAAGACCUGCUCCGGAGAGUGCUGGUGCUCAUGAACUCCAAACACACCUUCCUCGCUCUUUGUGCCCUGCGUUUCAUGCGCAGGAUCAUCGGCCUGAAGGAUGAGUACUACAACCGCUACAUCAUCAAAGGGAACCUGUUUGAGCCCGUCAUUAAUGUCCUGCUGGACAACGGCACCCGAUACAACCUCCUCAACUCGGCCAUCAUUGAGCUCUUUGAGUUCAUCAAAGUGGUGUGUAGCCGCACAGCAAGUGCACCUUUUUACCUUCGCAUUGAAAAUGCCGGAAGGUUAUGGGUCCAGACCUUCAAGGGCCUGAAGGGCCGGUACGAGCAGGAGAAAGACCGGCAGAGUCAAAGACUCAACAGAUAUCGCAGAGACGCACGAUCGUUGGACGAGGAUGAGGAGUUGUGGUUCAACGAUGACGACGACGAAGACGAUGGAGAGGCCGUGGAGAAGAGCCGAAUGGAGGACGACUUCUCUGACAGCUACGGCAAAUACAUAGAAGCCAAAAAAGGAGCGGCCAACGGAGCGAAUGGUGCCAACAAUAAUGGGAAAGCUGCUGUCAUCCCACCCGCCUCGCCAGCCCUCACUCCAAACAACAGCUCCACCUCCUCCGUCAAAACGGUGGCUCUUCCCGCCACACCGGUAGUGAAGACUGCUAUGGUUGGAUUGGUGGACUACCCUGACGAUGAGGAUGAAGAGGAAGAAGAGGAGGAGGAGGAGGAGGAGGAAGAACAGUCUCCAAGGAAGCGGCCCCGCCUGAGCUCGUAAGGCUAAUUGUCCUCUGUUUGGUCGUAGUGGACGGACACUUGAGUCCCUCCCAUCCUCCCUCCUCUGGUCGUCUCAUUGGUCCUUGGCCUGCCUGCGCCACAUGUCGGUCUCACUGAGGAGACGGGCAACGACGAGCUCCCACCUCCCCUGAUCUCGGCUGCUCUCGCUCCCUCCGUGGAAGGAGAUGGAGAGCGUCUCUGUUGGCAAAGACAAAUCAGUCUGUUCCUUCAGCCUGUUGAUUUUACCUCUUUUUUUAAAUAACAGCCUCCUCUAGAAGAUCCCAAAAUCCCCUUUCAUCCCCCUGAGUGGAAACUCAUUGACUCGUUGCAAACCCCCCCCCCCUUCCUCUCUUUCAUAACUCUCCUGCUCUCCCAGUUCUGACCUCCUCCUCAACAACUUUUCUCCUCCUCAUCCACCAUCCUACGUACCGACCAGAGAGGCUUCGGCGGACGUAGCGUUGCCAAGGCGGUUCCCCACUCUGCUCUGUUGCUAUAGCAACAGUAGCAAGGAAGCUGCGGUCCCCCACAGGAAAACCCUCAUUUGAACUCGCCCUUCCAUCCUCCUCGAAUCCCAAACCCACGAGUUCCAGAGACGGGGGAAGCCAGAACACAACCAGCCGGCGGACGAACUGUCGGGCAGGCCAGUCAGGCGAGCGGGACGAGCCGUCGUAGUUAUAGGAAGCUUGACUGGCUGACGCCGUGUGUGCCGCCCUGCCGACGGAGCGGUUCUCCUUUGUCGGGGAGAGAGGGAUCGAGGCAACAUGGAAGAAACGAAAUGUUCAGAGUUGAGGGAGGUCACACGUGUACCAGGAUGACUAAACUCAGCAGUUAUGAGGCUCAGAUCCAGAGGAGCAGGACUCAAACCUACACUAGCCAUGGCGUCAAUAUGGCCAAGGCACACACACACACAGGACUGCGUAUGCCAGAAAUCCUGUAUUUCAUGACUUUGUUCAAAAGUACUGUACAUAUGUUUUUUUCUUCUUUUUAAUCAUUUUCCUUGCUCUGAUUUUCAAUGGGGGGGAGACGCCUACCUGCCUGUGUGUUUGUUGUUGUUGCACACGGUGGGGGUCUCUGUUCACCCGUCAGUUCAUUUGAUUCAAUGUAAAAUGCAGAGAUGUUGCAAAUGCUGGUUUUAAAAAUAACGUAUUAAAACUGCAGUAAAGUCCUUUUUAAAAAAAGAUUUUUAUUUUUUUGCAGCCCACAUUUUUGAGGAUGUCGAGUUUUGUAUUUUAGUGGAUUUAAGAAUUUAGUGGCCUCGUUAUGAUGCGCACAUUUUUUUUUUUGUUGAACUGUGACAAACCUGAGCUGUUGGUGUGCUUAGAGUAGGUUUAGUACACACACUUGUUUAAAGACUUGGCAUCCUCGGACGGAUCUCAGGUUCAGAGUUCUCUGCGUCAGAAACUAGCGGCUGUAAGGCUGGUGGAACACGAGGGGCCAGGGGCCUGCAUCCCAGUUCUAGGGGCCACAAUGUUACACAGCAGCUGUUUUUUGGCCCGUGACAUAAAAACUACAAUCCAAAACAAUUUGAAGGAACGCCUUUUUUCCCCCCUUUUCUUUUUCUAAAGUUUAGUUUGUAUUCUAUGGUUGGAUGAGCUGCGUAUGAGUUCUGACGAGAUGAUUUAACCCCCAGAGUUGAUGAGGAACUGUAAGUGGACCAUUUCUGAUGUCGCGGGCGUUACGAGGUCGCAGGAGACGGGUCGUUUGUCGUCGUGCAGCUUCUCUCCUGAUCGCACCACGAGCAGACAGAGGCAGCGGAGGGAGUCCAAAUGGGCUGGAGAUGCCAAAUCACACGGACGUCCAUCUCCAACGUCCGAGUCGUGCGCAGCAGGCUAGCAGCACCAGUGUAAAAAUAUAAUUGCCAAUAAUGUGCUUUUCAGGAGUUCAGCCGUACAUGAGCAGCGAAUUGUCUUCCCCCCCCGGUCUGUUAGCGACAACACCAACAAUUUGACUGCCCCCCCCCCCCCACACCCUUGAUGAAUUUGUACCAAGUGCAUUUACUACCACUAUCCAUUCUUAACAUUUGUAUGAAUUUAUUUGAUAAGUUUUGAAAUUAAAUGUGACCCUGACAUUGAACUUGUAAAUCUGGCUUUGUUUUAAUAAUUUGCUGAUUGGGCACUUUUCGCUAAAAAAUAUUUUUAUUGUUUUUUAAUUAUUCCUUUUGAUUCCAGGUAUUGUAUCUAAACUCCCCAGACUUGAUUUUUUUUUUAGAUGUGGAAUACAAUUUGUACACGUUUUACAGUAAGGGAUUGACAGCAAUGUUUUUGUACCAGUAAAAGUUUAAAGUCUUCUGUCCUGAGGAGAAUUGUUUGAGAACAUGUGGUACUGGAUCCCUCGUGCGGAACACCAAGGCUCCAUCAGCACGAAUCAAAAACAUAUUUGAUUGAGUCAAGGUCUUAAAUGUUACAUUCUGAAAAAUGAACUAAUACGUCCGUCUAUAUCCGGUCAUUUAUUUUAAAAGUGUCAUGUCGAGACGUUCGUCUCGGUCACGUGAUACUUGACCUAAAACAUCAACAAGCUAGCGAAAAUGAGCAAAUAACAUCUUCGGAGAACUUCUUUGGUCCAUGAGGAGACUGAGCCGACGAGAGGAGAGCUCUCAUCCUCACUGCCGCGUGAGAGGAGCCACUGAUUGUAUAUUCACGAGGAUGAAUCCGUCUUAACCCUAAACAGCACUUUAAAUCAGCAGGUUGAGGGUUCAGCCUUCAUUCUACACUUGGAAAGUGAAGUGAGUUCAUGUUUCAGUCGUGUGUACUAAUUGGAACUAGGCCUCAUGGAGAGACAAUGACUAAUGCAAACACACACGCGUACACGAGGAGAGGGGAUCUCUCUUCGGCCUUUCCAGAGGUUUUCAUCCAGCGCUUCGGCUGGGCACCUGUUGCUGAUCUGGGUCCAUUAGGCCCACUUUAACACCUUCAACACGAAAUAAAUAAAUACAAAUAACAAUUGCCGGAUGUUGAAAGCUGUACUAUUGUCAGGUUUAAUAUUUUAAUAAGCAAUAAAAAAUUGGUACCAAAAGACGGCUGUAUGCAUAGAGGCUUAUACACACAGUCUGGGGUCGAGCUUGUUUCUAUAAAAUGUGAUUUAUUCAACAGCGUUUAUGAAAUACUGCAUUCCUCGUAGGAAGCGACACACACGCGUUGCCUCUGGCAACGAGCGUUCCUCUCGACUUCCUCUGCUCCUCGGCGAGGGCGAGCCGCGACGGCGUCAUCACCUCGCUAACGUCACCGUCGUCACUCACGGAUACGUUCAGGACUUUUCUUUUGUGGCGGUUUUAUACAGAUAAAACAUGCAAAAUCACUCCUUCAGUCGCGAGUCGACUGGCGAGCACAACGAUGAGUCAUGAGUCACGGUUACUGAUCACCACCGGAUCAGUGUUGCAGAAUAACCAAUACUGUCGAUAGUGAAGCGCUGCAUUGUUAAAUAUUUUUAGUCGUGUACAUGCAGCAAAUACAGUUUCCAUUUCAGCGUGAGGAGGGGGGGGGGGGGCUUUCGAGGCCACUACAGUCCAGACACUUUGCAUUUAGAAUUCGGACACAGACUAAAUGACAUUAAAGUGGCCAAUCAGGAGCGCCGUGGACACACGUUGUCACACGUGAUGUAGAAUCAAAGCCGUCUGGGUUCUCCACUCAACUCGAGUAACACUGGCAGCAUGUUGUCUGACCGGUCGGUGGGACCGGUCAGUGUGUGUGUGUGUGUGUGU